AGCAGACGACACACUUUGGCUGCAGUGGUACAGUUCACAGUUUCUGUGCGAUGUAGGCUGCUUAACAAUACAAGGACAGCAAACUCGAGCAUCGCUUGAUUUCAAGAGUUAACAGCGAAUGCCUACUUUGAAAUGAACUUCCGACGAGAAAGCAAGAGAGCGUUGGAUGAGGAGAGAUUUCGACAUUAGUAAUGCUAGUUCUUCUUUGGCAUGCAUGGAAACUUCAAAGCGAGAAAGAGUUUGCUCCUUCGGGUUGACAGCAUGAAGAAGCAUCAACAGUAUCGCCCUGUCUUUGACUUUUGGAUUGUAAACCGUGAGACGUCUUCGUGAAAACUUCAUCAUCUGGGCGACUUCAAGCGUGACACGGAUGUUGACCACUGUUAUCAACAGUGGUCACGCCGGAAACAAGGACAUCCAAGAUUGGCUGCACAAUGGGAACAGGUCAUUCUACUCGCAGGACAUCGUUUGAUGCCAACGGCGAAGUCAACUUCGACCAUUUUCAGAUCCUGCGAGCGAUUGGCAAAGGCAGCUUUGGGAAGGUAUGCAUCGUGCAGAAGAAGGACACGAAGCAGAUGUUCGCCAUGAAGUACAUGAACAAGGCCAUGUGCGCGCGUCAGGCGGCCAUCAGCAACGUGGUGCGUGAGCUCGACCUCCUCACCUGCCUGGACCACCCCUUCCUCGUCAACCUGUGGUACGCCUUCCAGGACGAAGAGGACAUGUUCAUGGUCGUGGACCUGUUGCUGGGUGGGGACCUGCGAUACCACAUGCAGCAAGACGUCACCUUCAGCGAUGAGUGUGUGCGGCAGUACCUGUGUGAGCUGACUCUGGCCCUAGACUACCUCCAGUCAAAGGGUAUCCUUCACAGAGAUAUCAAGCCUGAUAACAUCCUGUUGGACGAGCAAGGUCACUGCCAUAUAACAGACUUUAACAUUGCCACAUACCUCAAGGCCGGGGAGGUGGCCACCUCACUGUCGGGUACCAAACCGUAUAUGGCGCCUGAGGUGUUCGGCUGCUCUCUUGGUGAGUGCCGAGGCUACAGCUUCCCUGUGGACUGGUGGUCACUCGGCGUGUCCAUGUAUGAGCUCCUCAGGAAGCGGCGCCCCUUUGCUAUCCACUCCAACACGCCGCCCCAGGAGACAUGGACGCUGCUGAUGUCGUCACGCCCACAACUGACCUCUCACCACGGCAUCAGCGAUGGUCUAGGCGACAUCAUCAGACAGCUGCUGGAGCCCGACCCAGAAGAGCGCUUGUCGUCACUGCAGAAGUUGCAGCAGCACGUCUACAUGGCUGAUGUCAGCUUUGACGAUGUACUUAACCGCCGCCUCGACCCCUUAUUUGUCCCCUCUAAGGAGCAUCUAAAUUGCGAUCCUACAUACGAAUUGGAGGAGAUGAUCAUAGAAACAAAACCUCUUCAUAAAAAGAAAAAGCGACUGGCAAAGCAAAACUCUAAGCAGAGCUCAGAAGGGGAUAAAGACGAAAGUAGCCGAGAACUUCAGACGCUGACGAAGAUGUUUAGAUACUAUAAUCGGGAAGAAAAAAUGGCAAACGCAGUCAGAACCUUCACCGACAGCGAUGAAGACUCCCAUCAUCAUGUCGCGGCGAAACAGUCGCCGUCGAACAAGACCUUACUCUCCUCGCGCAUCCUCCACGUUAACGACGACAACAGCAGCAGCCACACGAAGCAUGCUACAGAGCUUCAUCAGGUGCUGCAGGAAGGUCCCACGCUGACGUUGCCAUCUGGACUUCCUGAUGCGUUGGAGACGUCAGCACAGCCACGUGACCACGAUCAGCAUCAUCACCAUCACCGCCUUCAGCAAUCCAAAGCAGGAGUGAACAUUAUUCAUGAGGAGGACCACCAACGGCAGCUGCAACAUCACCAGCAAGAACUGUUCAUCUGCGAAGACCUGGAGUUCAGAUGUAGACACGACACUUGAUGAACGGACCGACAGAUGACGUGACACGUAGAAACCAGUGCGGCAAUGUCAUGCUUGUGACAUACAAUAUGGCGGCGAGACAGUCCAUGACAGUGUAGAUCACAAUAUAUGUAGAAUUUUUCGUGACCAAUGGAAUUGGUAAUUGAUCCCGGAACAUAGUUUUUGGAUCGAUGAAUACGUUAUGUGUCAUCAUUGCAGGGAUUUUCUAGAAUACAAAUACACACUUGCACACACACACUCACACAUGUAUAUGAGCAUCCUUAGGAAACCAUUCGAUUGCCCACAACAAACAAUUCUAUGCUUAUCUGACUCAUCAUCAUCCGCGUCCUAUUUCUACAUCAGUUAUCUACAGAUGACUAGUGGUGUAACUAAAAAUAUAUCCGAUGUGCAAGCUUUUCCCGCGUUAUUUUAUUUCUCUCUUUUUUUUCUGACGAUGAAUUCCUAAAAUCUGAUCUUUUAUUGAGUUCUGACCUUUUCAUCAAUUAUGAAUACCUUGCUGAAGUUCCUUGGUCUUUACAGUGGACCACACCAGCUUCUACAUGAAUCAAAGCUUUUCGCGUUGAAGAUAACCGCGUAAGGCUAGUUCUUCUAAUGAUCCUCUGAGGAUGUAAUCUUAAAGCAGUAGGUUAGAACUUACGCAAACUGUCUUUAUCAGGUGUUUGUAAUGUUGAUUUCAAAUAUGAAGUCCUUUUUCUCUCUCGUCAUAGAAUCACUUCACAGCGGGUCUAAGUGUUCAGUCCUAAAAUGAAUGUUCAGUGUUUGUUUCGUGUAUAAUUAUUUUACACAGAGAUGCACAGUGUGUGUGUGCUGGUGUAUGCGCGUGUGCCUGUGCACGACUGCCCGUGUCUUGCGUGGACCUAGUCGUUGUAACAAUGCCGUAAUAUACAGUAGAGACCAGAUGUGGCAUCACAGUUUGUGUGGUUGACAAAUGAAAUUAGGUUUUUGUGUGGUUGACAAAUGACGUCACAGUUUGUGUGGUUGACAAAUGAAAUUAGGUUUUUGUGUGGUUGACAAAUGACGUCACAGUUUGUGUGGUUGACCAAUGACGGCACAGGCCAAAGGUCAAGUUUUUGUGGGUUGCCAUGUAGUGUAACUCUUUGCACAGUUGCCAAAUCCAAGGAACACCUUACGGUGGGGUUACACGGUCUUUACUUUAAGCAUCCGUGUACAUUGCUCAUACAUUCUUCCUUUGUUUCUGAAAUAAUUUUUGAAUUAUUCCUGACUUGUGCCCAACCGAAGGUAAGUAUCUGGUGAAUCAGUUUUCCCGGUGGGAGCAUCUAUGUGUACGUGAGACUUGUUUUCGACUCCAAACUUGAAACAACAUUUAUUAAAAUGAAUGCAACUUAAUUAAUCUUGUAUUACUUUCCAGAUGAGAAGUUGUCUCCUAGGUUGGCGUAGCUCUUAACUGAAGUUGCGACACGCUCUGUGACCGUGUGAGAACGUACGUGUAUGUUUAAGUGCGUGCUGCUUCACGUGCGCCUUUGUGUGGUUCUGUGUAGAUGAUGUUUUUAUUUGUGCACGUGUUUCUGCGCAGAUGAGGACUUGAAGUGUAUUUGUCCGAUUGUGUGAGAGCAAAUCAUUUACUACUUUAACUCUGGAAACGUCUCAGAUAUUUAGGGAAAAUACCUCUUUGUUCAUUAUAACUUAAAAUUAUUAAAUAAAAUACAAAUUGCUGACUUCAAAA